AUGAAAAAGAGUGGUGUAGUCUCUGGAUCAAAUUUUGAACAAAAGACCGGUUGCAAACCAUAUUCUAUUGAUCCAGCAACCCCUGGUCACACACCUCAAUGUGUCUCGAAAUGUACUAAUUCAAAAUGGCCAAUUCAAUAUAAUAAUGAUAAGAAAUUUGUUAUAUCAACUGGUCAGAUUUUGCCGAAUAUGGCUGUUUCUGAAGCAGUUAAGACAAUGAAGGCAGAAAUUAAAGCAAACGGUCCAAUUACGGGUGUAAUGGAUGUUUAUGAUGAUUUCUAUCAUUAUGGUGAAGGAGUUUAUAAGGUAAUAUAG